AUGCAGAUGCUCUUCCACAAAAAACAAAGGACGCCCCUGGGCUUCUGUGAUGGCCUGGACAAUGUCUUCGUGGGCUUUGGGAGCAAGGAUGAGAAAGGUUGUCGACCGCCCAAAUACCAUGCCAGCUAUGCACCUUAUUACCCAAUCCACAAGGCUGCAAGCAUGGGUGAUGUGAACACAGUAAAGAGCUUUGUCGAACGGGGAGUUUUCGCAAUGGAACAAACAGAUUGGAAGUACAGGACUGCUCUGCACUUUGCCUGUGUCUAUGGUCAUCCAGAGGUGGUGACUCUCCUGGUGGAGAGCAGCUGUGAGAUCAGUCCCAAGGACAUUAAAGAUGCCACACCUCUAAUUAAGGCCUCCCAGUGCAGACAAACGGAAUGCCUCAAUAUUCUCUUGAAGCAUGGCGCCGACCCAAACAUUAUGGACUGCAGUGACAAUACUGCCCUGCACUACGCUGUCUACAACGGGGACAUCGAAACAGCCACUAAGCUGCUUGAAUACAAGGCCAACAUCGAAGCGAUAAACGAGAACAAGAUCACACCGCUUUUGCUUGCUCUGAAACAAAACAAGGAGAAGAUGGCAGAAUUCUUAAUCCACAACGGAGCAAACGCAAAGACAUGUGAUUUCCUGGGGAGAAGCAGCCUUAUGUAUGCUGUAAGGUGUGGGUCAGAACUUAUCAUCAAGCUGCUGCUUCAAAGAGAUAUCGACACUUUUAAGCAAGAUGUUUUUGGAUGGACAGCUAAGCGUUACGCUGUUGAGAGUAAAAGCAGAGUCGUGAAAACAGAAAGGGAUGCAAGUGUGAGGAUGGAAGGUGUGGUAGGGGGAGGACUCUGUGGGAUGGGGGAGGAUGACGAGAAAGGAGACACAAGAGCACUGUCUUAUGAGUGCGGGGCCAAGCUCAUUACACUGUAUAUCAGAAACCGAUAG